AUGAAGAUUGAGAUUGUUGUGGAUCCGUCGCGACCUCAGCAGACGCUGGCUUCCCGCGUCGCUCCUCCUGUCGUGGCUGCUGCCGCUAGGACUGGUGGUGUCGCAAGAGGACGACGGGGAAGGGGAGGCAAGCCCCGUAAGGAACCGCGGCCCGCGAAGACGGCCGCUGACCUUGAUGCCGAAAUGGAGGAUUACACUGCAAGCAACGCGACGACUUCCUAA